AUGUGCCACAAGUGCGGGCUGUGCUGUUAUCAACCUUUCAGUCCAAAAGAGUGGGAGCACAUUCUCAGCAGUUGUCGCGUAACGAGAAAGAAGAUUUACGGAUUCCAUGCUGGAAUGGAAAGCCUUCAUCGUGACUGGAAACCUGACCUCAUGUUCUCUGUCGCUGAGCCAGCUGUGUCAAUCAUACGAAAAAGUGAUCUUCGAAUGGCUCGAGAACGAGAGAUAAGCCAAGAAGAGAAAACCAAAUGCCUGAUUUGCUUGGAGCCAAAUGCGGACUUCCAGACGCCAUGCUGUCAUCAUUUCUGCACUUCAUGUGUAGAAAAAGCGAAAAAGCAUUUCGACAAAAAGUGCCCAGCUUGCAACACACGAUUCGUUUACGAUGGAAUUGACAUUCGAAAAAAUGAACACCUCUACGCAGGAUUUUUUCUUGACUAUUAA